GCGUCAGUUGAAUUCAAGCAAGCAAGCAAAGUGAAUCAAAUUAAAGCGAUCUUAGCGACCUCAGCGAACUACGCAAUUUGAAGACGCCUUCAAGUUCUCACUCAAGUGUUGAAGCUACAAGAAUGUCUCUGCUACCGUAUUUAUUGGACGACUGGAGCGUGCGCCCCCCCACCAUCCACCACUACCCUAGCCGGGUUUUGGACCAGCACUUCGGCCUCGCAAUGAAUCCUGAUGACCUGCUCUCCGCCGUCGCCGGGCCACUUCUGACCCGAGAAUACUACAGACCCUGGCGCCACCUCGCAGCUGCGGCGCGGGACAUCGGCUCAAGCAUCAAAGUUGACAAAGACAAGCUCCAGAUCAACCUAGACGUCCAGCAUUUCGCCCCAGAAGAGAUCUCUGUUAAAACCGUCGACGGCUACAUCGUAGUUGAAGGCAAACAUGAAGAGAAGAAGGACGAUCACGGUUACAUCUCCCGCCAGUUCACUAGGAGAUACGCUCUGCCGAACGGUACUGCUCCUGAGGCCGUUGAAUCAAAACUGUCAACUGACGGCGUUCUGAGCAUCAUUGCGCCGAGGCAAGUUCCGGAAGCCAUCAAGGGUGAAAGAAGCGUGCCUGUGACCCAAACUGGACCUGUGAGGAAGGAAAUCAAAGACCACAGCGAGGGGACAAAUGAAAAGGAAGCAAAGUAAGCUACCUCGGUUUUUAGGUGCCUCUUUCAAGUUAUGAAACAUGUAAUGUAUUAAUAUUCCAAAGUUUGGCAGUGCCAUGUCGAGACUGAUUUGAUUUUGUAUUACUCUGAUUUAAGUUUUAACAAGUUUUAAUAAAUAUAUUUUAAGCUUAA